AUGGAGCCCUCCACCGAUGCUGAUCAACAACGGGAAUCCUUAAAGAAUCUCCAACGCCUUACUCAAUCGUUGAUCGAUUGUAAAGCCAACCUCUUGCAAAAGACAGAAUCGCUGGAACACAAGCAGCACCUCUUGGAGGAAGUCAUUUCAGAACGACAACGACUGACAAAGGAAAAACGGAUGUUGUUGGAUAUGAUACAAAACGUUCAACGUGAUCUUGAAGCGACAACAGAAGCUGAAGCCUCUUUGGUCAAAGAACGUGAUGAUUUGCAGCAGACUGUCAACCGAGUACGGAAUCAGGAAUAUGAACCAUUACAUGAUCGAGUGAAUCAGCUGCGAACAUCGCAUGGUCUACAAAAGGUGCCUCACGUACAACAGGAGGUGGAUGCACAAAUGGCACGGAUAUUGGAAGAGAGAAGAGCCAAUUGGCAGCAACAAGGGGCCUCACCCGCUGUUAGUGGUAGCAACAAUACAAGUGGCACUCGAUCUAGGCGACGUGGUGGUGGACGUGGAUGA